AUGAUGCUGAAACUGGUUGCAGCGGCGCGGAUACCACCAUGCGUGGGGUCAAGUGUCGCUCAAUGCUCAGUCAGCGUAUCGCAUCGUCUUUCGCCGACCACUUCUAGCGCCUCUCCACCGAAUGAUGCUUCUCCAUCCACUGACUCCUCAAAUGCGUCCGUCAGCAGCAGCAAGGAUGCGUCUUCUUCCUCUUCAAAAGUCUCCUCUGGAGCAUCAUCGUCCCGCUAUCAUGGGUUCGACGCCGAUCCUACGCGUCCACCACUACGUCCUCACUCCCGUGCACCGCGCAGCCGCCUCAACCGAACGCUCUUCCUCCUCGGCUGGAUCCCGGUCUCCCUGUUCGUCACGUCCCACCUAUACAGUCUCGGCAACGUAACCGGCUCCUCCAUGUCACCCACAUUCAACGGCCCGCCUUCUACUACCUCGAUCACCUCCGACGUAGUCCUUCUCAACCGCACCAUCAAAGUCUCGCUGGACAAGCUCAAGGCCGGCGACAUCGUAACGCUCAUCUCACCGCUAGAUCCGCGACUGUUGCUUACCAAACGAAUCAUCGCAUUGGCCGGAGAUACUGUGAGGGUGUAUGCUCCUGGGAUGAAUGGAGGAGCGGGCAAGUGGACUCGGAUCAAGAUUCCACCAGGUCAUGUUUGGGUGGAGGGCGAUGCAGCGGUGGACAUUGUUCCGGGAAGCUUGGAGCGGACAGUCAACGGAAAGAGCGUACCGCGCGGUGUGAGAAACAAGAGCAGAGACAGUAGGGAGUUCGGUCCCGUACCCAUGGGACUGAUCACGAGUAGGAUCGAGGCGAUCGUCUGGCCGCCAGAACGAUUCGGAGUUCCUGCAGCGAGACCGAGCGCAGCACCGACGGGAAGGGGACAGUAUCCUCCGUCGAGUACGAUGGAGGAUAGAUCGACGCAGGUCAACCCGAGUCUAGCGAGGAUACUGGAUGAGAUGACAUCAAUGGCGCCGGGGACGAGAAGCAAGGCUCACCCGCAGGAUUCGGUGAUCAGCCCGUAUGUCGAUUGGGGUGAUCCGAACGGGAAACUGUCUGAGGAGGAAGGAGGAGGGAAAGGAGAGGGGAGUGAGGAUGAAAGGCGGAGGAAGAACGCCUGGAAUACUUUGAGUAGAGGCGGUCGCUUGGGAGAUGACGCAGAUUGA